GAUACUUAAUUAGUCUGUAAUAACUUGGUGCCCAAUGAAAGGAGUUUAUGCCGCCGGACUUUGACAUCAGUGUGGAAUUUUUGGGAAAUGGGUGGCCGGACGAUGGAAUGGGCGGCGAGAGCAAACCACCUGGGGGGUAUACCUCGGAAAGUGGUGAUCACGGCGAUAGGUACUUUCGCUAAGGCGGUGGCCAAUCUAUUGAACACCACCACCGUGCACAACGGCGACGUCCUUAUCCGGCUAGUUCGAUCCCGCCCAGCCGGCGUUCCUCUCCUCACCGUCAGCAAUCACAUGUCCACUUUAGAUGACCCAGUUAUGUGGGCAUUCAAAGGUUUUCCAAUUUGUGAUGCAAAGCUGGCUCGAUGGGUACUGGCAGCGGAAGACAUAUGCUUUAAAAAUACAGUAUUGUCAUACUUUUUCCGGAUCGGGAAAUGUAUACCAAUAACAAGAGGGGGUGGAAUAUAUCAAGAACAUAUGAACGAAGCUCUUGAUCGUUUGACUGAAGGAGCCUGGCUGCAUACAUUUCCAGAAGGGAAGGUCUGUCAAGAAGAUGCUCCUAUAAGACGAUUGAAGUGGGGAACUGCCAGUCUCAUUGCUCGUGCCCCCGUGACUCCAAUUGUCUUGCCAAUUAUCCAUCAUGGUUUUGAAAAGGUUAUGCCUGAGAACUAUGCUUUUGGGAGAAGACCUCCAGUCCCUUUAUGGAACCAGGAGAUAAAAAUAGUUGUUGGUGAGCCAAUGGAAUUCAACCUUCCUGAACUGCGAGAGAUGGCUCUAUCUCAGUCUCGGGAUUCAUCAUCUUCCAGUGGGCAGUGGCCAAGAAACAUCCUCGGGGGAUUGAACGAAGCAGCACAAAAAUGUCUGUACAUGACUAUAUCUGAUCAAAUCCGAACUACCUUGGAAAACUUAAGGAAUUUUAGUAAAUCUUAUGCCAAGGCAGAGCAAUAAAGUAGGCAAUUUCCAAGCAUUCAAAGAUAAAUUCAUAAGUUGCAUCUGUUUUGAAGGUCUUGUAACUUUUCAUUUCAAGAUUUUGUUAGUUUGAGGGUAGACUUCUCAUCCCCUUAAUUGAGGACACGGGGUAAUAUUUUCCCAGUAUCAUCCUUGUAGCUGCAUUUUUUUGCAUUUUGAAAUGAAAGAUUUCACAUCAAUUCUUGAAAACUGA